AUGCCUUCAAUUACUGUUGAUAAUUGUCUAUUUGAUUUAGAUGGGACCAUUGUAUGGACCAAUGUUGCUGCCGAAAGUGUCUGGAGGGAUCUUUGCAAAGAACAUAACGUAGAUCCAAAUGAAUUGUUUAAACAUUCCCAUGGUUGCCGUACUGGAGAAGUUCUAGCUAAAUUUUUUCCUGAGAUAGAUAAUAGAGAAAACAAAGCUGCCGCUAUGUUAGAAAGACGCAUGGCUGACGACUAUACUGAUACUGUGAAAUUGAUUCCUGGUGCUCAUGAUUUGUUGGUAUCUUUAGAUACUAAUACCAACACAGGUGAGACAUUGACUAAAGGUAGAAAAUGGGCCAUUGUUACCUCUGCAACACCAUAUAUUGCAUUCAAAUGGUUUACUACAAUUUUGAAAGAUGUUGGGAAACCAAAAGUAUUUAUUACAGGCGAUGACGUUACGAAGGGAAAACCUGACCCACAAGGGUUUCAAGACGCAUUUAGUAGAUUGUGUCAAGAAUGGGGGGUUUCAUUAGAAAAGGGGAAAACAGUUAUCUUCGAAGAUUCGCCAUUAGGAAUCCAAGCAGGUAAAACUAUGGGUUGUUACACAAUUGGGAUUACUACCUCGUAUUCAAAAGAGAUCUUAUUCAAAGCUGGGGCCGAUUAUGUAGUCGAAGAUUUGACACAUGUGACUGUUUCUCAAAAUAGUGACACUGACCAAAUUGUAUUGGAAAUUACGAACCCAUUAGCAAACUAA